GCCUUGUUGCAACCUUGGGUGUCAGUGGGAGCUCUGCCAUAACUUUUGGUUGGUUGGUUUGAAAGUGCCAUGGCCUUGAGUGGAAACUGCAGAACUUACCUCCCUCCUAGAGAACAAGCAACUGCUGCACAUUCCUUUCCAGAGGUGAUAGAACUGAAUGUGGGGGGCCAGGUUUACUUCACUCGCCUCUCCACGUUAACAGGCCUUCCUCACUCCCUGCUUUGGAAAAUGUUCACCUCCAAAAGAGAGACAGUCAAUGACCUGGCAAAAGAUUCCAAGGGAAGGAUUUUCAUUGAUCGAGAUGGCUUCCUAUUCCGUUACAUUCUGGACUAUCUCAGGGACAAGCAGGUGGUCCUGCCCGACCAUUUUCCAGAGCGAGGAAGGCUCAAGAGGGAAGCCGAGUACUUUCAGCUCCCAGAUUUGGUCAAACUUCUGACGCCCGAUGAGAUCAAGCAAAGCCCUGAUGAUUAUUGCCAUAGUGACUAUGAGGAGGUUUCCCAAAGCAGUGACACAAGAAUAUGUGCCCCCUCAUCUCUCAUGGCCUCGGAGAGAAAGUGGGGCUUCAUUACCAUUGGCUACAGAGGUUCAUGCCCCAUGGGCAGGGAGACCCAAGCAGAUGCCAAAUUCAGAAGAGUCCCGAGGAUUUUGGUUUGUGGCAGGAUUGCUCUAGUCAAAGAAGUUUUUGGAGAAAGUUUGAAUGAAAGCAGAGACCCAGACCGAGCUCCUGAUAGAUACACUUCUAGGUUCUACCUGAAGUUCAGGCACCUGGAACGGGCUUUUGAUAUGUUGUCAGAAUGUGGAUUCCACAUGGUAGCCUGCAAUUCCUCUGUGACGGCUUCUUUUGUCAAUCAGUACACUGAUGAUAAAGUGUGGUCCAGCUACACAGAAUAUGUCUUUUAUCGUAAGUACAAAUGA